GGAGGAGCACUUCCGGGUCAGUGGGAGAGGGGUCGGGGCGGGUAUGGGGCGGCCGUAGUGGGGCGGCGGGUGGUCGGGUCUCGCCAUGCGGUACAACGAGCGGGAGCUGCUGUCCCUCUCCCGGCAGCCGGCCGAGAAAGCGGCUGAGAUCUUGAUGCGCGUCCCCAAGAAAGGCAGCGUGUUAAAGAAGCGCCUUGUGAAGCUCGUGGUCAACUUUCUCUUCUACUUCCGGACAGAUGAAGCUGAGCCCAUUGGAGCACUGCUGCUGGAGCACUGCAGAAUCACCAAAGAGGAGGACAACGUCUUCUCCAUCAGUUUCAUUGAGGAGCCGGAGAGGAAGUACUGCUUUGAGUGUGACAGUGAAGAGCAGUGCCAGGAGUGGAUUGAGGCGCUCAAGCGAGCCAGCUAUGAGUUCAUGAGAAGAAGUUUGAUUUUCUACCGGAACGAGAUCCAGAAGAUGACGGGGAAGGACCCCCUGGAGCAGUUUGGGAUCUCGGAGGAAGCCCGCUUCCAGCUGGCAACCCGCAAGCAGUAAUUCCGCCGGCUCUCUCUCUCUGGAGGGUCAAACCCAACACUCCGCCAGGAGGAACAGCAGCAGUUCCCCCCCCCCGGCAGUGGUGACCAACAGACUUUUUAAUUUAUUAGCCAAAUGGGGUUUUUUUAAUGAUUUUUUUUUUUUUUUUAAGGGAAUUCUUUGCACAUUCCCACCUCUCCUGCCCUGCCGCAGCCACGCGGGCAGCCAGAGCCGUAACUGUUCUAUGCAGACUGUGACACUGUGCACCGACGCUGCCACAGCCAUGGCAGUGACAGCACCCCGGCUCCCAGCAGGAGCAGAGGAGGAAGGACUGAGCCAAGCUCCAGCACUCGCUGCCCUCCAGCGAAGGCUCAGCCCCCGUGCCAGGAGCUGCGGGGCCGGCCCUGCGCCAGCUCCCCUUAAUCCCUAUUCUCCUGCUGGGAGCUGCUCAGCUUUUCUGGCUUAGGGUGUUCCUGCGGGAGCCCCUUCCUGGAGGAGGAUGCUCCGGCUGAUGGCGUUGCUGUGCCGCAGGGUUAACCCUGCCGUGCUCUCUUCAACACGAAGCCAUUCCCACUAAACAAGGAGCAGGAAGGCUGCUGUGAACGUGGAGCAGCCCCACUCAGGGGAAGGGCAUCGCCCGCUGCCUCCACCGCCUCCCGGGUGCUGUUCUCUUUGUCCCUUCUCCAGGCAGGCGCUGCUCAUUCCUAGAGGCUCCAUGAAGCCCACGCUGCCGCCAAUUAGAGCGCUGUCACCAACGAGGCGGAGAACGAAGCUGUAAAGCACAAGGGAGGAAAAACGAGGCUGAGAGUGUCGUGAUCCCGCCGCCCUCUGCGGCGCCGUGGGCCGGGCUGAGCGUCAGCAGCAGCAGAUGGAGAGACUUGUAAAGGCAGGAGCUGCUGCGUGCACUCGGGCUGGAUGUAAGAGCAUCAGGUGUGCAGCAGUUGAGCCCUGGGAGCGUCCCCCAGCUGUGCUGCAAUGCUCCCUUCCCUGGUCAGCCCUCUGUGAGCUGCCAAAGAGAACAGAGCUGCAGCUGCCGUGCUCACAGCGAGCUGCCAGGGAGCAAUGAGCGCCUUUGCAGGGAUGCUGAUAACGAAGCAAUGAGCAGUAAUGAGCAGGAAGGGACAUCUCGAGGCUCUGCACCCGAGUGCAAACAGGAGAAGUGCAGCCAGAGCUGAGGGCUGGAAGGUGCUCCCCAUCCGAGCUUGGAGACCUCACUUCAUGCAGCAGCUCCACUGGGGGCUGCUUCAAGGAAAGCCCCCCCCAAAGGUGCAGCCACGUUGAUGGCAGAGGGAGCUGCUCAGCCCUGGGGGGGGGCAGCUGUUGUUUUUUUCCCAGCUGGGCAGCAGGAAGGCUGCUCCACUAUUACAGCACUAAGAGAGGAGGGGGAGCAGCUCAUGCUGGGGCUGAGGGAAGUUUUGGUUCUCUGUGUUGGCUGGGAAGGAGCACAGAACCGAGCGCCUGCAGCGGUGCUGCCUGGUUUCCCUCUGCUCCUCAGCAGUCGGUACCAGCAGAGCAGCAGAUGGCACCGACGCUUGAUUUUUAACCUCACGCCCCACAUUUUUCCUUCCCCGUAUCCCCAUUCCCUGCAGCGGUUCAGGUGCUUGCAGCAGCCAUUACCAAAACCAAACCACGCCACGCAGGGCAGAAAAUAGGGCAGCGCCGAAGGCAGAUGGCAGCGCUGCUGCACGCCGCAAGCUGGGAUUAAAGGCUGGAGCCGGGCAGAGCUUCUGCUCUGGGAACACGGUGUCCUCGGGUGGCUCCCAUGACCGCCACCAGCUCCCAGCCAAGGAGCCCGGUGCUGCAGGGGGGGCUCUGUGCUGGCAGCCCCCCCCCCCACCCCAUGGGUCUGAGCCCGCUCCAGCGAUGGGCACGGGGCAGUGCUGGGGACGACCCCAAGGUUAUUGAGGAGGCGACAGUGACAUUUCCUAAAACUGAAUGUAAGACAAAUGCUGUGAAGAGUUGCGUGGGCCAGCGCGGGCCCGGUGACUUAAUUAGCAAUUAGCUGAUCAACUGCUAGCGUAGCGUAGGACACUGGGUAGAGCUCAGCAGGAGGGGAGGACGGCACCGGAGAGAUCCGCGUCCACCGCUGCUGAUUUAGAGACAAUUCUGCAGGAUGCGUUUGCAGCUGUUGUACAAUGACCACUUCCAAUAAAAGCUCUUUUAAUCACUG